UAUAUCGUCUUAGGUUUUCACUGAAUUCCUAGAGCAGAGAAUAUGGCCAGAACUAAGCAGACCGCGCGUAAAUCCACCGGAGGAAAGGCUCCCAGGAAGCAGCUCGCCACCAAGGCUGCUCGUAAGAGCGCCCCGGCUACCGGCGGUGUUAAGAAGCCUCACCGUUACAGGCCCGGCACAGUGGCUCUCAGAGAGAUCCGUCGUUACCAGAAAUCCACCGAGCUGCUCAUCCGCAAGCUGCCCUUCCAGCGACUUGUCAGGGAGAUCGCCCAGGAUUUCAAGACCGACCUGCGCUUCCAGAGCUCUGCCGUCAUGGCUCUGCAGGAGGCCAGCGAGGCCUAUCUGGUGGGUCUGUUUGAGGACACCAACCUGUGCGCGAUUCACGCCAAGAGGGUCACCAUCAUGCCCAAAGACAUCCAGCUGGCCCGCCGCAUCCGCGGAGAGAGGGCUUAAGCCGACCUGAUACCGGACCCCAACACAACGGCUCUUUUAAGAGCCACCUACAUGAAACAAAGAGUCACACUUAAACUGAUUGCUUGGCUUGUUUUAUGCCUUAGGCCAUCUGAAAAUUACUGGUUGAAGUCACUCACUACGCACUACAUUUACUUCCACACUAUUCAUGAGUGUGCUCCUAGCUCCAGUCUCAAAUACGACCCGACCCCCGCCUAUGAAUGGGAAUUCACGAAGAUAAUGCUGUGCUGACCAUAUGUACCUCCUGUCCUUUCUGGAGGGCCCGUAGCUACGCUGUCGCUUUACCUGUGAGACUUUAUAUUUCAGGUUCACUUGCCUCUUUGACGCUUACACCAGAAACGAUCAUCUUUGCAUCAUAAUUAUCUUGAUUUAUGAAUACGGACUUAAUCAUGUUACAUGUCAUGUCAUGGCAACUUUUCUAUAUUUUACCCCAAUAGAUAUUCAUUUAUGCCUCUCUUUACUGCUGGCAGGGGCCAAAUUGGUUAAAAAUGGGGACACCUGGGAUAUUUCUUGGAUGAAACUGGGACUUUUUUUUUUUUUUUUUUUUUGAUAACUCUGCUGGGGAACACAGGGCUCAAAAUUGGGACUAUCCAGGGUUAAUAGGGACGUCUGCUCAACCUAGACACAACACAGUCGGUAAUAUUUGUCCCCUCAAUAAACUACUGAAUAUAUUUUACAAGGUCUGAG